AAAAAGGAUGGCCAUAUUCCUCGGCCGCCCAAUCAGUUUAUGCUCUUUAGGGCUGCCGCUCACGACGGUGAGGUGUCGGGCCUUCUUCCCCACGGUCACUCGCAGCGAGACUUUUCUCGUAUUGUCGGUGAACGAUGGCGGACUAUGAGCAAGGACGAGAAGGCAGUCUGGAAGCAGAGACAGGAAGAAGUCAAGGCCGCACAUUUACUGCAGAAUCCCGGGUAUCGAUACAAGCCUCGGCAGCUCAAG